GACAGCCGCCUAUAAAACGCUUCUGCAUUUUUCGCCGCAACUGCACUUUUCGUUUUUCCUCUCUCGGAGACGCACACACCUGCAAUAUGUCCACCAAGACACUGCUCGCGGUGCUGUUACUGGCGGCGAUCGCAAUCACCCUCAGUGAGGCUGGUGGAGGCGGCAAAAAGGAUCAUGUUCACAUCAAGAUCCACGUUCCUUACUUCGUGAAGAAGCACACGCACACCAAGACAGUAUACAUCCACCACAAGAAGGGCGGACACGGAGGCGGCGGUGGAGGCGGUGGUCACGGUGGCGGCCAUGGAGGCGGCCACGGAGGCGGUGGAGGCGGCGGCGGCCACGACCACCAUUAGCUAGACUGACAAAAAAAAUCAUCCAACACGUUCCUCAAACUGUACAAACUCUAAUUUUCAACCUGUUAACUAUUUUGUAAUGUGAUUUUUGUUGCAAUAAAUGUAGAUAACCUUUUAUUUUACUAUAAAAA